UACAACACUGAAACCAAUAGGCCGACACCAUAUAUUGUGAUAGAAAAUCAUAUUUGCUUGAAAUGACAAAAUAGGCUGAGUUAAGUUAAAGAGAUCAUCAAGGUAAUCAAUUUUGAGGAGUCGGAAUCCAGAAAAGGAUUCUGCACAUAGCUUACAUGACUUAAGUCAACUAUUUUAUCAUCCUAACAUUUACUAUCUUCACAAUGACCUCGCCGUUGCGAUGGGGUAUCUGCUCUGCUGGUAUCAUCUCGGCUGACUUCGUCUCUAGCUUACAAGGCCACUCGGACAACCAUCUCGUUGUCGCCAUCGCAGCUCGUUCAUUGGAGAGAGCGCAGAAGUUUGCGACCAAAUUUAAGAUUCCCACCGCCUAUGGUAGUUAUGAAGAGCUAGCUCGGGAUCCAAAUGUAGACGUAGUCUACAUCGGAGCCAUUAACACGGAGCAUGUUAGACUGAGCAAGCUGUUCCUCAACCACAAGAAAAACGUAUUAUGUGAAAAACCGCUGGCACUCACUCUACGAGAGGCUCGGGAUGUCUUGAAGACGGCCGAGCAAAAUGAUGUGUUUUCAUGGAAACCGAUGGCUUCCCCGCUAGAAUUGCGAGAUACAGCGGACCCAGGUAUAUGGACUCGAUUCUUUCCGGUCUCGGCAAAGAUCCGGGAACUUGUCUCAUCCGGGCAACUUGGUGACGUCAAAUCAGUGUUUGUCAAUUUCGGACUUGAUUUGAAUAAUGUCGAGAGAUUAUUCAAAAGAGAGUUAGGAGGUGGCGCCCUUUACGACGUGGGAAUCUACCCGAUCCAGAUAGCUACCAUGGUCUUCGGUAGAGCACCCUCAUCGACGAACACACACGGAUUCCUCAAUGCUGACGGUAUGAAAUAA